AUGCGGCUAGUAUCUAGUGUAAUGCAGGGACAGAGCACUGUAAUCCAGCCUGACGCAGUGCCACUACUCUACACGCUCUACACUGCUGGUAUGCCUCUGUCAAUACAGUUGCCAUCCAGUUUGCCAUCCAGUGUAAUUGCAGAUCCGAGCACAGUAAUCCCGCCUGACGCUACGCUACUACACUACACUGCUGCUAUUCUCUCUGUCAAUACGGUUGCCAUCCAGUGUAAUUGCAGAUCCGAGCACAGUAAUUCAGCCCGACGCUACGCCACUACACUACACUGCUGCUAUUAUCUCUGCAAUACAGUUGCCAUCCAGUAUCCGAGCACAGUAAUCCCACCUGACGCUACGCCACUACACUACACUGCUGCUAUUAUCUCUGCAAUACAGUUGCCAUCCAGUGUAAUUGUAUAUUCGAGCACAGUAAUCCCGCCUGACGCUACGCCACUACACUACACUGCUGCUAUUCUCUCUGUCAAUACAGUUGCCAUCCAGUAUCCGAGCACAGUAAUUCAGCCCGACGCUUCGCCACUACACUACACUCCUGCUAUUCUCUCUGCAAAACUGUUGGUAUCCAGUGUAAUUGCAGAUCCGAGCACAGUAAUCCCACCUGACGCUACGCCACUACACUACACUGCUGCUAUUAUAUCUGCAAAACAGUUGCCAUCCAGUGUAAUUGCAGAUCCGAGCACAGUAAUCCCACCUGACGCUACGCCACUACACUACACUGCUGCUAUUAUCUCUGCAAUACAGUUGCCAUCCAGUGUAAUUGCAGAUCUGAGCACAGUAAUCCAGCCCGACGCUUCGCCACUACUCUACACUACUGCUAUUCUCUCUGUCAAUGUUGUUGGGCUCCGUGUUAACUACGUGAUGGCAGAUGACGACCCCCCACUCCCUUACGUCUCCCCCCUCCACUUACCCCCUCCCCCCACUAGCUGCGGGGCCAAUUAA